AUGCCCAUCGAGUACGAAGUUCUUACACCGGAGAUGCGCGAGCAUUUCCUGGAGUACGGCUGGGUUUGCAUCCCGCAAGGUAUGCCUGAGGAGACUGUCGACUACUUCAUGAAGAACGUCUGGGUGCGUCUCGGUAUGGACCCGAACGAUAAGAACACCUGGCUCAGCGACCGUCCUGACCGCAACGACAUCAUCCACAUGCCGAAGCACAGGUUGAGAGAUCCACGGGAAUGUGCUCCUAAGGCGUGGAAGGCGAUGUGCGAACUGCUUGGUGGCGAGGAACGUGUUGACACUCAGAGCAAGUAUCGUGGUUGGGCAGGUUGGUCCGACGGUCUGAUCGUCAACAUCGGCACCGAGUACUGGGAAAACCAUGAUAUUGCUCCCCAGGAGCUGGAUAACUGGCAUACCGAUGGUGACUGGUUCCGUCAUUUCCUCGACUCUCCUGAGCAGGCCUUGCUCGUGAUCACCCUGUUUUCCGAUGUGCACUCCCGUGGUGGUGCCACCUACGUCUGCGAGGAUGGGAUCGCCGAAGUAGCAAAGUGGCUGCACGAUCGCCCUCAGGGCACCAACAUCUGGCUCAAGGACGACGACGGUACACGAGCCCUGGACUCCAUCAAGGACUGCAAGAAGUUUGCUGAGAUGACAGGCAAGAAGGGUGACGUGGUGCUGAUGCACCCACUCAUGCCGCACAGUUCUGCCAAGAACCAUCUGCGCAACAUCCGCAUCAUCUCCAACCCGGCUGUCAGCGCGAGCGAGCCGUUCAAUUUCAACCGUCCCAACCCGGAAGACUACUGCCUUGUCGAGCAAAAGACCCUCCGCGAUCUCGGCGUUAAGAGCCUGCCGAAUUGGCACAUCACCGCCCCGCGUGAGGUCUUCCGUUCAACCACCAGCACGCAAGCGUACAAGGAUGUGCUCGUCCAGCGCGAACUGGCUCGGCUUCAAGAACAAGCCAAGAAGACGGGAGAGAAGGUUGACAGCGUGUGGCUCGAUAACGAGACGACCUCGAAGCAGGAGGGCCUGACCGUCGACAAGCUCCCUCCUAUCGGUGCAGCUCCUGCGCCUCUGGCGGUGUAUUGA